AUGUGCGCUGCUUGUCUCCGCGCCCGGGCGCAGCCAUGUUACUCGGCGGCGGCGCCGCUCGCCUCAGCCAUGUUCGGAGGGCAGCGGGGCCUGCCGCGCCAGGGAGGCGGCGGAGAGGAGCCAGGCGGGCUGCGCAGUUCUAGUUCUGUGCAACCACACUGCUGGCGUCAAGAACAGGAAUGUAGGAGCUGGAAUGAUUCAGAUUCUUUGGUGUUGGAUGAAUAUCAAUGUAGACAUUUAGACCAAUGGCUGGAGAGUUCUACAGCACCAGAACAUUCAAGGACUUUUUCUUGCCCUGACUGGGAAGACAGAAUUGAAGAAGGCAAAGCUGUGAAAACAUCAAAUAAAAAAGUGACAAAUGAUUCUGCUAAUCCAGCUGAAAGGGAAACAGAUGAAGUGGUUCUGAGGAGAAGACAAAAACAGAUCAACUUUGGAAAGAAUACUCUUGCUUAUGACAGAUAUAUUAAAGAAGUUCCGAAGAAUCAACGGAUACCAGGAGUUCAUCCUAGAACUCCCAACAAAUUUAAGAAGUACAGCCGUAGGUCCUGGGACCAGCAAAUCAGGCUGUGGAAGAUAGCACUGCAUGCCUGGGAUCCUCCUACUGAAGAAACCUGGGAUCUCCAGCCUGUUAGUACAGAACCCUCAGAUAAUUCCCAGGAAUGGUUCUGCAAGGAUCAGGAUAUUUCUGGCUCCUUUGUUUUUGACGAAAAGCAGAAGAAAAAUGAGUGUGAAGAUGAGUGCAGACAGACUGACUACACACCAGGGAGUCCCUGUUCUCCAGGUUCUUCUCCCGUAUGGAAACGCAGAAAAAGAAACAAUCCUGACUCCUCUGUGAUUUCAAAGGGCGAAAACCGUUAUGUGCAGAUGUACCACACACUGGGAAGUCUUACUGAAUCAGGAGAUCAGGAGGCUCUUUCAAAGUGCUCAGAGUGGGAAGCUUUUGGUGAACACGAUGAAGUAAUGACAGUACAACAUGGUAUUGAAAUAAGUGACCCAAUUCCAGCCAGCUGUUCUUCAGGAUGGAACAAUCAGAAACAGAAAAAUCCCAACUUCUUUCUGCCUGACAGCAAAACUUGGAGAGAUACAGACUGCAGGCUUGAGAGGCUUAAACUUUGUAGCAGUUUGUUGGAAGGACAUCAGUCAGAGUACCCUGAAAGGGGAUGGGGAAGUGCUGGGGAGAGAAUAAUGAGGAAGAACAUUUAAAUACCAAGUCUCUCUUUGUAUAUAGAAGUAUCGAAGAAGGACUUUCUCCUGUGAUGGAAAAUGAUUUGAAGGAUAGGGAUGUAGUCUGAGAUGAGCUGAUCAAGUCUUGGAAAACUGGUGCAGUCGCAUAUGACCUGCACUGAAAGAAGAAGACAUUUACAGUCAGCAUAUGUGCAAUCAACAUAAGGCAAAAUGUGCAGGUUUUUCAAGAUCCUUAUGGAUAGAUUAUACUUUUUCUGCAACCUCUGCCUCAAGUGUAAUUCUGAUUUCAUUAAGCCUGUGCUACAAUGAUGGUGGAUGUUCCUUAAAGCUUUUGUGAGAAUGUUUCUGCUGUAGCUGCGUUGGCAGAUGACGUGCAUCAUAUUGUAAAGGCUGCUUCGAUUGAUGGAUCCUGCUGUUGCUCUUUGGAGAUCAUGCUACUUAUAGUACACUGGUGUUAUGCUGGUGAACUGGUCCAAUGUCAAGUUAAACUGAAGAAUGUCACCUCUUAAACCAAGGAGUUCAAACCCUGUUUCCUCUACUGGACCAGAAUUGUACAUCCAAGCCGAAGAACUGUUUCAAAAGAAUGUAGAUAAUUUCAGCCUUUUUCCAGCUGUUAGAGACAAUCUGUUCUUAGCUUUUGGAUUGGGUGAUCCUCUGUUUGGCUUAUUUACCAUUCUCUGACAUAAGAUAUGUUAAGUUAGUAUUUGCUUAAGCUAGUGAGAGAAGAGAAAGGAAAGGCAGAUGAUUUAUCAAAAUCAGAUCCUUCUCUUCAAGGGGAUGAGUGACUGAACAGCAACACAAUCUAAAUACCUGGGAUUUGCUUUUGUGUGUGUUGCAGCCUAAUGCAAAGAGCCAAUCUACUGUUAAGUGUAUAAGAGAAUGAGUUCAGUGCCUGCUGUUCCUACAGGAACUGGAGGUGAGCAGCAGUAUUUGCAGGUUUAGAGCUGCUCUUAUCCAGACUAAGGAUUGUGAUGGUGCUGAAAGAGGUUCUACUUUGUUUUAUUCUCUUAGCACUGUGCUCAUUGAGGGCUGUGGCUAUAAUGGCCUUCAGACCGGCUUCAUGUGCCAGUUACAAGAAUGUUUUACAGUCCUUGUGGCAUUUUAUGUAGCAUGUACUGGGACACAAAUGUCUGUUAGAGCUGGGAAUUGGCUCUUUGCAGGAGUUUGGUUGGCUUUUCACAGGGCCACUGCAGAGCUAUGGCAGUGCCAGGGAUGUCACACAUCAGCCUUGCUCUGGGGCUGGCAGUGUACCCAAGGCCCUAAAGCCCAUUGUGCUACUGAUGUGGAACUAAGCUGCUUCCCCAAAACUACUCCCAGUUCAUUCCAAAACAUUAUUUCCAGGCUGCUCGGGCAUGGGGUUCAGUAGUGUUCCAGCACAAGGGCUCAGCUGCACACCACAGAGCAUGGGGUGUGUGUAUAGAAGGAACACACCUGUACAGCACUUUUUAAAGAAGUAAUAUUUAGCACCUUCUUUCUCCAGUGUGCAUGUUGUCAUGAUUUAUGAUGACUGUAAAUAAGGGAAUGAUAUGUUUUUGGCAUUUUUGUCUUUAUGCAGAAGAAUUAAAGACUUUAAAAAUUCCUGUUA